CAUCUCUCUUAAUCAUUGUAUAUAUUCUGCAGGGAAACCGAGUAGAAUGUAUGUGUGUGUUCCAUCUCUCACGCUUCCAUAACAGAUUGUUUUUUCUUCUUCUCUUUUCCAAUCACAUCACUUUUUGCCAGAAGAUCAAAAGUAUCGCAGAAAUCCAAUUUCAAUGAAGAACAAUCAAAUCUCAUUCGUCUCACACUCUAAGACCUUCAAUGCUCGCUUUCAACUAGUAAAUCUCAUCUCUGUAAUACUUUUCUUCGGAUUCGGUUUAUGUUUCGGCAUGAUUCUCACUUUCCAUCUCAAAAACGUCUCAUUCAAUCUUCAAUUCACACAAUUCUCUCUCUCCACCGACACCGAAAUAGACAACCACGACGUGUUUUCAUCGCCUCCGCCUCCGCCUCCGAAGAUCAGAUUGGAGAAUUACAUACAUCCGACAGAAGUAAUGCAUGAUCUGAGCGACCGAGAGUUGAUCUGGAGAGCGUCGAUGGUGCCAAAAGUGGCGGAGUAUCCAUUCGAUAGAACACCGAAGGUCGCGUUCAUGUUUCUGACGAGAGGAUCGGUGUUGUUGUCGCCGUUGUGGGAGAUGUUCUUCAAAGGGUAUAAUGGUCUUUUCAACAUCUAUGUGCAUACCUCCGGUUCACCUUCCAAUUGGACAGAACCAGAAGUACACUCCGUUUUCCAUGGUCGGAGAAUUCCAAGCAAGGAUUUUGAAUGGGGAAAAGUAAGCAUGAUCGAAGCCGAGCGUCGCCUGUUAGCAAACGCCCUCCUUGAUUUCUCAAACCAACGAUUUGUUCUACUGUCAGAAACCUGCAUUCCCCUAUUCAACUUUUCAACAAUAUAUUCUUACCUGAUCAACUCCAAUCAUAAUUUUGUAGAGUCCUACGACUUACCAGGACCCGUGGGUCGAGGCCGCUAUAGUUCAAAAAUGUACCCAACUGUAAAAAUCACCGAAUGGCGAAAAGGGUCACAGUGGUUUGAAAUGAAUCGUGACCUAGCAAUUGAGGUGAUAUCAGAUACGAUAUAUUUUCCAGUAUUCCAAGAUUAUUGUAAUGGCUCGUGUUAUGCAGACGAGCAUUACUUGCCUACAUUUGUUACACGGAAAUUUGGGGGACAGAAUGCGAAUAGGACUUUGACUUUUGUCGAUUGGUCAAAGGGUGGCCCGCAUCCGACACGUUAUUUGAGGUAUGACGUGACAAAAGAGUUUUUGGAGAAACUGAGAGGUGACAUGAGUUGUGAGUACAAUGGGAGAAGUAACCAAGCGUGUCAUUUGUUUGCGAGGAAGUUUACACCACAUGCUUUGGACAGGUUGCUAAGACUUGCACCGAAGGUUAUGCAAUUUAACCAAUGAGGUUGCGGAU